AACGACUUCCCGCCAUGUUAACUGUGAUGCUGAAUACCCUAUCUCCUUCCCCAUUUCUUCGCAGCCAACAAACAAUUUCCCAUUGCUUCUCCUCUUCAACGAUUCAUCUCUUCCAAUUUUCACAGUCGCAGAUAAAAUCCCUCAACAAUUGCCUUCCAAACAAUCGCACCGAAAGGGGCAUAGAAUUCGACAUCGGAGACACCUUCUUCCGCCAUGAAAGCGCCACCGGACGCGACUUGGGCGUCCUCGCGGCGGCGCUUUACCGUAAAUCCAAGGGAAGUCUUCGGGUUCUCGACGCAUUGUGCGGUUGCGGGAUUCGGUCGCUUCGGUACUUGGUCGAGGCUGAGGCUGAUUUUGUGUUGGCGAAUGACGCCAAUGACGAAAAUCGGGGGGUUAUAGUAAAGAAUCUAUCGAAGGUUGCGGAAGGUUUUGGGGAGACUCGGCGGUGGAUGGUUACCAAUUGUGAUGCGAACAGGGUUAUGUCGGAGUUCUAUUUGCAAAAGGAUUUCUUUGAUUUUAUUGAUGUUGAUUCCUUUGGGAGUGAUUCGACGUUUUUGAGGCCCGCUAUUAAUGCGUUGAAAUUGGAUGGAUUGCUCUAUGUUACUUCGACGGAUGGUUUCUCUUCCGGCGGUCAUCACCCUUCUCAAUCUUUAGCUGCCUAUGGAGCAUAUGUGCGUCCCAUGCCAUUUUCAAAUGAAAUUGGUUUGCGAAUGCUUAUAGGUGGGGUUGCACGUGAAGCUUCUGUACUGGGUUUCUAUGUAACGCCACUCUUCUCGUAUUAUUCCUACCAUGGACCUGUUUUUAGAGUUAUGCUUCGAAUCAGUCGAGGGAGGAUCAAUAAAAACAGGCAUUAUGGUUUCGUCAGCUAUUGCAAAAAAUGUGGAAAUUCACAAGCUUUUUCAUGGAGUGAGGUUGGACAGAUGAGUUGCCCUUGCAAUGAUACAAGGGUUUCCGAGUCACUUGUGGUUUCGGGACCUCUUUGGACUGGGCCUCUACACAGUGCAGACUACAUUGAAGACAUGUUAACCCUAGCUAUGCAGUGGGAAUGGAUAGGCAAUGGCCAGGGGAAGGAUCUUGAGAAACUUCUGGGGCAAAUGGUGGAUGAGAGUGACUCCAAACUACCAGUAGGGUAUAUCAAAAUGGACGAGGUGGCAAGUCGGGCAAAAGUAAAUUCACCUCCCCUCAAUACCAUGAUGAGCGAGAUGAUCAAGGCUGGAUAUGCUGCUAGUAGGUCUCAUAUUGCCUCAAACGCAAUCAAGACGAACUGUCCUAUGACGGAGUGCAUCAGAAUUGCUCUUGAACUGCAGCAGAGUUGUCUUGGUGUGCAUCAAGUCACAUGAAUAUCGUAGCGAUGGCUUGCAGCUAUGGAGAGUACAACGCUUUCGCAGGAAAACUAGAGCGAAACCAAAGCGGUGUAAGCAUCCAUCUUUCUCUAUUCUCAGUUUGAAAAUUGAUGAAGAUAAUUAUGGGUCAAAUGCAUUAACAGGGGAAAUGUGCUCAAUAAACAUGUGAAUUAUUUAGAAAGAAAAAGUAAAGUUAACAAUCUUUUAUACUUCAUAUUUGCAUUUCGUCACGCUUUGAAGACAUUUAAAGUACUUUCAGUCUGUUGUAUCCUUACAGAUCUUUCUUUUUGUUCUUUGCGCUCGUUAUAUUAUGCCUGUAUCUUUCUGCAUGAGCAUGAAUUUUUUUUCCACAAUUACUUGAGUUCCCUUUUGCAAA